AUGUCUUCUAGACCGCCGUCACCGCGUUCGCUAAGGUCCCUCAGAGGGCGCUGCGUCCCGACGCUGCGUGGCAGUUCCGGCUUUACGGGAAACGUCGGCCACGACAACGACGAGCUCAUGACGAUCAACGAGAACCGCAACGUCGGUGGAGGGGGUGGGAGUGGGAAUGCGGGCGGCAACGAGGCCUCCGAUGGCAAUGAGUCCGAGUCGUCGCACGCCAACUCCUCCAUUUCCGUCUCUUCCGUCUCCUCGACGUCCUCGUCGGCCUCCUCCACAACCAGCUCGACGUCCGGGUCGGAAGGUGCUCCAUCGGAUCCUUCAUCCCUGCUCCACGGUGAGCCGGGACGUCAUCCAAUGGAUGCCAGCAGCUCGUGCAAUGCCUGCAGCUCGCUGGUGCUGGACAACAACCACCCGUUCCCGCACGAACACGACCGCCCCCUGAUGAACGGGUGCGAGGACAUGUGGAGCUGGAACAAGCGGGACCGCUCGAAGGAGGUGUGGCUCAGCCGGUCCGACAACCGGCGGGUGUACUUCCACCCGAACUGGAGCAAGGGCACGGCCGGUAUCCGGGGCACGCGGGUGCUCAACAACGGGCGCUACUACUGGGAAAUCAGCCUGACACAGCGCGUCUUCGGCACAAGCAUGAUGUUCGGGAUUGGUACAAAGAAGGCCCGCCUGCACGUCAACAUGUUCACCAACCUGCUCGGGGAAGAUCGGAACGGUUGGGGUCUCUCGCAUAAGGGACUCCUGUGGCACGGUGGCGUCGCCCGGAACUACACCAAGCGCUUCAAGGAGAACCAACCGACCAAAAUUGGGCUCCUCUUCGAUGGCAUCGCGGGCACGCUUACGUACUACAAGGACGACGUCUGUCUGGGGAUUGCCUUCCGGGGUCUGAACGAGGUCAGGGAACCACUCUAUCCGAUCGUCUGCUCGACGGCCGCCAAAACCGAGAUGCUGCUGUCCGAGACGCGGCGGGACUUUGUCAACCUGCAGGAUCGCUGCCGGGCGAUCAUCAUCAAGCACGUGAACACGCGGGAAAAGCUGGACCGGCUCGCCCUGCCGUACUUCAUCAAGAAUUACCUUUCCGAGGCGGUCACCGAGAGCAAUACGCAGGUCACGCCGCUCGAGCUGCACCUCAUCGAUCAGUAUCUGUACUGA